UUCAAAUUCAUUCAAUCUUUCAUCUUUUUCUUCUCUAAAUUGAACAAUAACCUGGAAUUUAUAAUGUCGAAUAUCGGAUCAAACCGAUCUCCUUCUCCCCUUUCUUCAAGAAAUUGUAGAAACUCGGAAUCGAAUUCAACGAUGAGAAGGAGUUUCAAUGAAAACCCUUUUGGUUCUAGGCCUAAUGCACUCAUAAACCCUAAAAACUUAAACCCACCUACCCCUGCUAACACCCCUACUACUACAGAUCAUAUGAAGAGAAAUUCAAUCACUCGUAAAAGCGUUGGAAGUGGUUCGAUGUUUCAAGACGGGAAAGAGAAUCAUAAAGAUGCACUUAGAUCACCUGCAAAAGGGGGUUCAAAGAAUUUCAUGGCACCGACGAUUUCAGCUGCUUCGAAGUUCACUCCAUCUCCAAGAAAGAAAAUCUUGGGUGAGAAAAAUGAUCUCACAAGAACUUCAAUUCAAUUAUCGGGUAAAGAUUCUGAUUUGAAAUGUGAAUCUAUGGAUUUUGAUCAAACUGUUGAACAAAAGGAAGUUGUUACUGAAACUCCUUUAGUUAAAAAGGUAACUUUUAGUUCAACUAAUGAUGAAAAGGAAAUGACUUCUGAUGUUACUGAGGAUAAUACCGAUUUUGUUAAGAUUAGGCCUUUUUGUUGUUCUCCUGUAACUUCACCGAUUAUUGCCCCUCUUGAUGCUGACCCUUAUGUUCCUCCAUAUGACCCAAAAAAGAAUUUUCUUUCGCCUAGACCUCAGUAUCUUCGUUAUAAGCCAAACCCUAGAAUCGAUCUUUUACUAAAUAAAGAAGAUUAUGGAGAAGAUGAUGUUACUAGACUUGAGGAAAGCUUUAAUCUGUCUGGAAGUUCAUUAGAAAGUGAAGAACAAGUAGGAAAGAAUGAAGCCAAAUUAGAUGAUUCCGUCAAUGGGUCAUCAGAAGAUAUAUCUGAAGUAGGAUCAGAUGAAACACAUCCUGAUUUUGAGGUGGUAAAAGCAUCAGAGCCUCUGUCAUCAGACGAUUCGUCUGAGAUAGUUUCAGAAGAAAAACAGUCUGAUUCUAUGGUGAAAAAAGCAUCAAAACCUCUGUUUUUUACACGAACCAAGACUGUUUCGUUUAUUUUUGUGAUGUUCAUUGUAGCCUGUUUUUCACUCUCAUUUACCGAAUCUCCACCCAUAGAUUUGCCAAUCUAUAAUGACAUUGGCUUCCCAGAUGUUUAUCAUGAAUCUUUGAAAUUUGCUGCAUUUGCUAGAGAAUCUUUCGAUGAUGUCGUUGCAAAUGUUAAACAGUGGUCGAUUGAUUUCGUUUCUUAUCUCUCUGACCAAAAAUCUCAUUUGUUCCCAACCCAAAAGACUAGCCCAAUACAGUUCUUUAACUUGACCACCUCAUCAAUACAAGAAGAAUUUUUGUUCAAUCGCCACAUUGGGACAGAUUACAUUCAUGAUAUUCAUGAAUAUAAGGAAGAAAUGGAAGAUGAAACCGAAACAAUUGAAUAUGUUUAUGAGGAAAUGGAAGUUGAUGAUGAGGUUGAUGUAGUGGAUGAAGUUGUGUCUGAAGAAGAACUCACUGAAGUUCAAAUUGAUAAUGACGGUGCUGUGGAGUCGAACCCCAAUCUUGAAGAUGAGUUUGUAAGCAACUCUGAAGUUGCUCAAACAGAAACUCAAAGUGAUGGUGAUAGUUUUGUGGAAUUGAAAACGAAUUAUAAAGAUGAGACUGUAAGCAACUCUGAAGUUCAAACAGAAAUUAAAGCUGAUGUUGAAGAAGGGUAUUUGGCAAAUUCUGGUGAUGACUCACAAAUUUUGAGUUCUUUGUUGACAAUAUCAGUCAACACAAUCUGUUUGGUUAUUUGUUCGAUGGUGAUAGCAGCUGCUUCAGCUAUUUUCUACAUGAAAAAGGCCAAGUCUCAGACUGCAAAAACCACCAAAGUUUGUAUUGGUGAGGAUAACAUGUGCAGAGACUCGGGUUCUGCAGAAUCGAGCAGUGCUCAGAAUGGUUACAAGAAGAGAGCUAGCAACAACAAACGAGAGUCAUUGGCAUCGUCGUCAGAUUUCUCAAUGGGUUCUCCUUCUUAUGGAAGCUUCACUACAUUUGAAAGAAUUCCCAUUAAGGGAGAUGAAGUAAUGCUAACACCGAUAAGAAGAUCAAGCAGACUGCUGAAAAAGUGAAAAACCUUCAGGAGAUGAACUGAUGCUGACACCGAUUAGGAAUAUCAAGCAGGCUGCUGAAAAACCAAGUCACCUCUUCAUGACUAUCCAGUCUUCGUGUGCUAGGAUUAUCUAACUUUUUUCUUCAGAUUGUUAUAGUUUUUUUUCUUUAGACUUAUGUAGUUGGUUUCUUCAGAUUGUCACAGUUUCUUUUUCUUCAGACUUAUUGUAGUUAGUUUAAACUUGUUAAUCGAUUCUUUCGAA